GCAGCGGCGGAGGCAGCGAGCGGCCGGCGCCGAGCGGGGCAGCGGCGGCGCGAUCCAGCCGGCCCGGGGCCGCGGGGACCCCCGGAGAGCCCCCGCCCCCGCCGCUGUGCAUGCCCGGGCGGGGCGAGCGAGGCGCCGGGGAGUUGGGAGCGAGAGCGGCUGGGCGCGGCUCCAGCCAGGCCAGCCUGCCCCACGCCAUGGCCCUGCCCCGCACCCUGGGCGAGCUGCAGCUGUACCGGGUGCUGCAGCGGGCCAACCUGCUCUCCUACUACGAGACCUUCAUUCAGCAGGGCGGGGACGACGUGCAGCAGCUGUGUGAGGCGGGCGAGGAGGAGUUCCUGGAGAUCAUGGCGCUGGUCGGCAUGGCCACCAAGCCCCUGCACGUCCGGCGCCUCCAGAAGGCCUUGCGAGAGUGGGCCUCCAACCCCGGCCUCUUCAGCCAGCCCAUGGCCUCCCUGCCCGUCAGCAGCAUCCCCCUCUUCAAGAUCUCCGAGACCGGCGGGCGCAAGUCGCUCAGCAACGGGCACGCCAGCCCCGGCGAGGCCGCGGGCAAGGGGGGCAGCGGGCUGGCCACACCGCCCACCCGCAGCCCCUCGGAGCCGGGAGAGAAGCUCUCCCCCCUGCCCGCCCCCCAGUGGCCGGGGCGGAGCACCCCGGAGUCGGAGGGGGGUGGCGCGGAAGAGGACGGGGGGCCGCCCCCCUUCUCGCCGGGGGGAGGCGGGGAGCCGGCCCCGGAGCAGCUGGACCCGGAGUUGGCGCGGACGGUGGCGGAGAGCGUGGAGCGGCUGCUGCAGAGCUGCCCGCGGGGGGGCGAGCCCGAGCUGCGUGCCCUCCUGAAGCUCAACAAGAAGCUGGCCAAGGCGGUCGGGCACAUCUUCCAGCUGGACGACGGGGACCGGCGCAAGGAGGAGGAGAUCCGGCGGCACAGCGCCAUCUACGGGCGGGGCGAGGCCCGGCGCCGCGACGGCAAGCCGCUCACGCUGCAUGAGCUGACCAUCAACGAGGCGGCGGCCCAGUUCUGCUUGCGCGACCACACGCUGCUGCUGCGCCGGGUGGAGCUGUUCUCCCUGUCGCGCCAGGUGGCCCGGGAAAGCACCUACCUGUCCUCGCUCAAGGGAGUCAGGUCGCAUCCGGACGAGAGUGGAGCCGUGCAGCCCAAGAAGCUGAAGCAGGAGGUGGGUGAGCAGAGCCGCCCCGAGCCCCUGCAGCUGCCAGGGGGGUCAGAGUCCUACGCCCCCCCGUACCGAGCCAGCCUGGAGGAGGACGCGGCCAGCCUGUCGGGAGAGAGCCUGGAUGGGCAUCUGCAGGCUGUGGGAUCCUGCCCCCGCCUCACACCACCCCCCAACGCCUCCCUCGACCUGCCCCUCAGCCUCCCGCCCCAUGGGCUCUGGAGCCGUCACAUCCUGCAGCAGACGCUGAUGGACGAGGGGCUACGCCUGGCCCGGCUGGUGUCCCAUGAGCGGGUUGGGCACCUCAGCCCCUGCCUGCCGGGCAAGGCCCCGGGUCCAGAGUUCGAGGACGGGCUGGCGGAGGGGGGCCCCCCGGCCCAGGCCGAGACCCGCCAGAGCAGCGUCAAGGUGGAGCCGGAGACAAGCCGGCAGUGAGCUACGGAAGCCCCCCCUGGUUGGGGUGUGGGGCCUACAGCAGCUCCCCCCCUCCACUAACCAAGCAAUAAUCACAGGACUGGGGCAGGGGAGAACCGGCUGCAGGCCCCCGCACCGUGAUCUCUUCUGGAGCCGGAGCGUUGCCCCCCAGAGAGCCAGGCCUGGGGGCCCAAUGCCCAUGGGCACCGGUAGGCGGGACAGAGCUGGCCGAGGCCUGGCCACCGCAGGAAUAUCUCCGUGCCCAGGGAAAAGGGAGGGUCUGUGCCCCCCUGUGCCCACAGGGAGGGCACAGCGCGGUUAAUGUAACCAGCUGGUCAGGUUCUGACUGCCACCAGCCAGCCCGGAGCUCCAGCGCCCCCCCCCCCCCAAAGCCCACCCUGGCCCCCUGCACUCACAGCUGGCCGCUUUAGCUGUGGGUUUCCCCCUAGCCAGCCCCCUUUUCCCCCACCACUGGGGUGAUGUGAACUUUAACUCUUCAGUUUCUGGAUGUUUUAAGGGGGGGUGACCCCCCCCAAGAGGCAGGGAGAAGAAAGGAGCUGGGGGGACCCCAGGAAGAGGAAAAAGCUGUUGCAGGCAAAGCACAAGACCAAGGGGGGCUGAAGGGGCCCGGGGGUGAUUCUGGUGGGCUAGGAGGAGGUUUCUGAGUUCCAAGGGUCUGGCCCAGCCUCCCCCAGGAGCAGUGGAGGGGAACCAACCUGCCGGGGCUGCGGGUGAUGGGCCAGGGAUGGGGGCAGGGAGGCUAAGCCAGGCCUUACCUUCCAGUCCUGAGGGGACCCUGCCCCCCCCCCCCCCCAAAAUUUCCCCUUCCACUACUGCCCCACUGCUCCGCAUCUCCCACCCCAAAUUCACCAGCCCAGUGGUGCCUGAACAAAGGCGAUCGUCCCAGUCUGCAAGACCCCCGACCCCCUCCCGAACUGAACCCGUCCCUGCUCCUUCCCUCGCCCAGCCGAUCACUCCUGCUGGGGUGGGGUCUGGAGGGGGGGAACAUGCUGUCUUUUGCACACCAGCACCAACCCCCCUGCAUAACACACGCAGGCACCAGCUGUAUCCCCAUCCCAUGGGCUCCAGUGCCUGGCUGUUUUCACACAGCACAGGGUAGACAAUUCCCCGCCUGGAACACUGCCCCAGCCCCCAGCAUGGAGGGCAUUAGCACGGGGGGUAGGGGAGGGAGAUUUAAAGGGACAAUCAGGGUACCCCCCCCAUGUCACCAUCAAAGGGGUGGCAGAACAGAUUAAAAAGCCACCUGGCUGGCACAGUGGCCCAGCUAUAGAGUGGGGGACACCAGGGAAUGAUGGAGGGGCCCCCUCAGAACCAGUGUCACUAUCCCCCACCUCCUGCAUAUUCCACAGGAGGCUGUUCCCCUCCCUGUGACUCGCUGGGAGAUGGGGGGAGGGCAGGCUGCACUUUGGAGCCCCUGCUGGUGACGCACCCCUUCCCAGCAGCGCUGGUUCAAGACCCGUUCACGCUCCCGUAGGCUGUGGGCUUAGAGCAUUAGUGACUUUUCCUUUGCAACGUGUACAGUAGAUUAUUUAUUUUGUUAUUUUGGAAUAAAACUUUAUUUUAUGGCUUAA